CUUUGGAAAGAAGAGGAAAAAAAAAAAAAAGAAAAAGAAAAACUCACACAGGCAAAAGACGGCGAGAAAAGAGCGAGGGAAAAGUUUGGAAGCAGGAGAGGAAAAGAAAAUCCAAAUGAAAAAGGUGGACACUGAAGCGGGAGCCAGGAAAAGAGAAACACAAACACGUUGAAUUUUCCCCUCCAGAAGCCAUGCCACUACACAAAUCAUCCCGGACCCACCGUCUGGACCCCACCAUGAUCUCAGCCCCCCUGGGAGACUUUCGCCACACCAUGCACAUUGGCAGGGGAGGCGACGCAUUUGGAGACACCUCCUUUCUGUCCACUGCAGGUCCCAGUCCGACCACUUCCGAACUGGGGGGUUCUGGGAUCUUGCCGGCUGCAGACCUAGAGAUGGCGGUGAACCACGACGAAUUGUGUAAGGAUGAUCUGGAGAGCCCGCAGCUUCAACAUUCAGAGUCUUUGUCGUCCUUAACCAUGGACCUGGACCUGGAUCUGGGUCCGUCUAUUCUUGGGGACGUUUUAGGGGUGAUGGACAGUUUGUCGCUGGGUUCCAAUAGGGAGGACGUGCUCAGCCCAAAGAGUGACACAUCCACGGUGGAAACAAAGCAGGUCAGGGGUAACAUGGAGAUGUCCAUGAAUGGCAACGGCUUUGAUGAAGACAGGAGGAUACCAGACGAGAACGGAUUGAAGUCCAGGGGAUUAAGACCAAAGGUGAGGUUCAGCGACAAGCGAGAGGAGAUCAUUCGCCAUCCAUCUGAGGAGGAGGACCAAACCUUUGACCUUCUCGAUGAUGAAGCUGAUGAGGCUCAGCUGGGGUGCCACAUCCCGGUGCGAGUCGACAGCGACAGGAGGAAGAGUCCGGCAGGAGAACCAGAGCUGAUCAGCCACAAAGCAAAUUUGCCACCCAGUCCUGCUUCAUCACACAGCUCAGACUCUGACAGAGUCACCGAGCUGGACAGAAGGAGGUCAGAGAAUGGCCCGUCAGAGACUGAUUCAGAGGAGGAGGAUGAGGAGGAAGGACGGGGCUACUCGUUUGAAGAUGAGUCCGAUGAUGAAAUCGGUCUAUAGGGGACAGGUAUUCACUUUCCAUGUGAACACUGAAAAUACAGUUGAGACCAGAUAUUUAAAUGCACUAUAAAAAGACGCAACCUUUUUUUUCUCACUGUCUGACAUAAAGCUAAACUUUCCCCGUUUUAUUAAAUUCAGUCGAUGAUGAUGAUGGUGUAAAAAGAGACCAUCUGAAGAUUUUGGCUGAAGCCGGUAAAAGUAUUAUUGACAAUGAGGAAGAAGCCAUUACUCCACAAGCAACAUAAAAACCUAGAUAAUAGUUUGCAAAAGCCCUCAGAGACAAAGAACACAUUUUUGGAGAAAUCUUUGGAGAAAUGUCCCAUAGUUUGUGUUUGGUCUUAAUGACCAUUGCUGAAUUUGAAGAAAAAAAGGGGACGCUUGCAAGUACGGAGGUGGCAGUAUCAUGUUGUUAAAGUGUUUUGCUGGAGGGGGGGCGACUGGUGCACCUUAUAAAAUAGAUGACAUUGUGAGGAAAGAACAUUAUAUGGAAAUAUUAAAGCAACAUCUCAAGAAAUCAGCCAGAAGGUUAAAGCUUGGGGAUAAAUGGGUCUUCCAGAUGGACCAUGACCCAAAGCAUACUGCCAAAUAGAUAAAAAGGGGCUGAAGGAUAAGAAAGUUAAUGUUUAGGAGUGGCCAUCACAAAGUCCUGAUCUCAAUCCCUUAGAAUAUUUGUUGGCAGAGAUGAAAAGGUGUGUGUAUACAAGCUGGUCAACAAACCCGACUCAGUUAGACCAGUUCUGCCAGCAGGAAUGGGCCAAAAUCCCAGCAAACUAUUUUCUAAGGCGUGUGGAACGAAAUCCAAGACGUUUGGUUUUAAGAAAACAGAAAUAAUUUUGGUAAUCCUGACUUUCCUAAAACAAAGUUUAGUCUGAUUUAAUGUCAGAUAGUGUGGGUAAAAAAAAGCUUGUUUUUUUUUUAAUCCAGCGUAUGCGAACAGAUCCGGUUUCAAAUGUAUAUACAGUAUUUUCCUUAACUCACCACUGUACAACUGAAUGGGAGAAUCAAUCUGAAUGUAAAGUUAAAAUAAAUCAAAGGUGUACAGUUAACAUGUUGCUCGACUGGAUGAUACGGUUUCAUUUUAUCAGCAAAGGUAACAAGACUUGGUAUCAUCUGCUCAGUCAAACAGAGGAAGGUUUGUUGCACUUUGAUCCACUUCAGUCACCUGGAAACUUUGCUGUCAGACUGAAGCUCUCUUGAAAGUUUGAUUCAGGAAAAAUGGAUCAGGGUUUAAUGAUUAAAUCUAAGCUUUUAUAUUCGAUUUAUAGCCUGUACACAGUCAGUGCUGUGUUUAUGGGCCAUUACCUUUGUAUGCCUUAAAGGGACUUGGAUCCUUUGCCUUAUUGUACUCAAUACUGUGCUAUAUCGAUGUCUUAUUUGUCCUGCAUUGCUUGUUUUGAACAGCCUACUUUGCCUUUAUUAUAGCCCACAGAGGCAGUGUUGAUCAUAAGUUACUGUGAAUUAGUCACAUUGCAUAUCUGGCAAUGUGAGGCUUUCUGGUUCAGACCAAAACCACAUCUGAGAUGGUUUUAACUUCCCAAAGCUGUCCAUCAGGCUGUAGCAAUAGGGAGUUUUGUAGAAGAUAAUCAUGGGUUUUGAAGGUCACUCAUAAAUCAGGACAAACUAUGUAUUUUUGUACUUUUUGCUUGCAUAAUUUUCUUUCUGUCAAUGCUUGUUGCAAAAUGCUGUAAAAGGGAGAUACCGUUUUACCUUUCUACUCAAAAUACUGGUUAAAACCUCGAAUGUUACCCUGUGGUUUAAUAAACAUUACUGUAAAAACA